CACGCCGGUGCCGGACCCUUGACCGGGUUCCAACUCCGAGUCGGCUGGGGUCCCGAGAUCCCUGGUCUACUACUCAUACCUCGCCGUCGCAACCUUUCGUCUCUCGACGAGAGAAUUGCAGCUUCACUUUUCGUAUUUUCACAGCAAUUCUAUCAAAUAGUCAACAAUGGGUUCAGUCAAGCAGCAAACGUCAGCUUUUGAGCAAGCAGAGUUCAUCCCGCCCGACGCCAUCUUCGAUGUCACCAGGCGCUACGUCGCUGAUACGGAUCCAAACAAGGUCAACCUCGGUCAAGGCACCUAUCGCGAUGAGAACGGUCAACCGUGGAUCUUGCCAUCUGUGAGACUGGCAGAAGCGUCCCUCGGAGAGCCUGGGCACGAGUAUCUUCCUAUCGCGGGAUUCAAGCCCUUCCGCGAUGAAGCCGUAAAGCUGGUCUUUAGCUCCACAAAAGCAUUCGCAGAGAACCGUGUCGCAUCAUGCCAAUCGCUCUCCGGAACAGGCGCCCUCCUCCUCGCCGGCCUCGCCCUGAAGAAGGCCGCCGCCCACAUCAAGACAAUCUACAUCACCGACCCGACAUGGUCCAACCACGAACUCCUCUUCGCCUCCCUCGGCUUCGAGGUCAGGCACCUGCCCUACUACAAAGACCGCGCCUUCGACUUUGACGGCUAUAUCUCGACCCUCAAGGCCGCCGACCCGUCCACCUCGGCCGUCAUCCUGCACGCCUGCGCACACAACCCCACAGGCUGCGACCCCUCGCAGGAGCAGUGGAAGAAGAUCGCCUCGGCCAUCAUCGAGAGGAACAUCUUCCCCGUCUUCGACUCGGCCUAUCUUGGCUUCAACUCGGGCUCCGUCGACGACGACGCCUGGGCGAUUCGCUACUUCGUCGACGAGCUCGGCCUCGAGGCCGCCGUGUGCAUGUCGUUUGCCAAGAAUAUGGGUCUGUACGGCGAGCGCGUCGGCGCCGUCACGUUUGUGGCAGACACGGCGGAGAGGACGAAGACGGUCAACUCGAUUCUGGAGAAUGUGCAGAGGGCGACGGUGUCGAAUCCGCCUGCGUACGGCGCGCGCAUCGCGGCUGCGGUGCUGGGGACGCCGGAUGUCAAGGAGCAGUGGGCCAAGGACCUGAUUACCAUGUCGGGCCGCAUUCGCGCCAUGAGGAAGAAGGUUUACGAUGAGCUUGUUCGGCUGCAGACCCCGGGAGAUUGGUCGCAUAUCGUGAAGCAGAGCGGCAUGUUUGGGUACACUGGUAUCACCAAGACACAGGUUCAGCACCUCGAAGAGAAAUACCACGUUUACAUGGCCGAUACAUCACGAAUUUCGAUUGCGGGUCUGAACGAGAAGAAUGUAGAGUACUUUGCAAAGGCUCUUGAUGAGACGGUUCGGAGUGUGCAAUGAUCGUGAAUUAGCCAUAUGUCGUGGAAUUAGCAUAGCUCAUAAUGGUACAUUACAUUGCCAAAGG